CCUACAGGAAGCAGAGAGGGGUGGGGUGGGAUAGAGAGGGUAGCAGCGGGGCAGUCUUCUCUUGAACCAGGAAGAAGAAAGUAAGCCGACUCCACCAACUUGGCACCAUGUCAUCCUCUUGCUCCCUCCUCCUCUUCCUCCUCUCUCUGAGCGGGGUGAAGCUGAUCUCAGGGUUUAAGAUCUGUGCCUUUAACGUCCAAAGCUUCGGAGACUCCAAGUCACGCAACACUGAAGUCAUGCACACACUAAUACGGAUCGUGUCUCGUUGUGAUGUGUGCCUGCUUCAGGAAGUGAGAGACACUAAACAGAAAGCCAUACCGCUGCUGAUAACUGAACUGAACAGGUAUAACAGCCAGAACCAGUAUGAUUAUGUGGCCAGUGAGCGGCUGGGCAGGACACCGAGCUACCAGGAACAGUAUGUUUUUGUGUUCAGGAUUGGCUCUGUGACAGUAACAGAUCAGUACCAGUAUUCUGACAUGUUGCCGGGAGACGAGGAUGCCUUCUCCAGAGAACCUUUCAUCGUACGCCUUCACACCCCCAAGACAGCCAUACGGGACUUUGUAUUAGUACCCCAGCACACCACUCCCACCAACGCUACUAAAGAGAUCGAUGCCCUCUACGAUGUCUUCCUGGAUGUCAAGAAGAAAUGGAAGACCGAGAUGGUGAUGUUCCUAGGGGAUUUUAACGCUGACUGUGGCUACGUGGCCAAGAAGAACAGGCAGCAUGUACGUCUCUAUAGUAACCAGGCCUUCCUGUGGCUAAUAGGGGACACAGAGGACACCACCGUUAGACAAACCACCACCUGUGCCUACGACAGGAUCGUGGUCCACGGGGCAUUUGAAAAAGCCAUCGUGCCCCAGUCCGCACAACCUUUCAACUUCGCCAAAGAAUACGGCCUCACAGAGGAACAGGCGCUGGACGUCAGUGACCACUACCCAGUGGAGGUUGAGUUGAAGGCGGGGUCAGAACAUUUGGGAGGCCACACCCUUCUGAUCAUCCUCAUGGCCUUCUUCAUCUCCACCUGAACCUGUGGCCACGUUCCAGGCCGACUAUACUGCAUUGCAUCAACCAAUGGUUGUGUCCCACGUCAAGCAUCAGAUGGCUAUACUGUAUCAUAUGAUGUGUACUGAACAAAAAUACAAACACCACAUUAAACAAUUUCAAAGAUUUUACUGAGUUACAGUUCAUAGAAGGAAAUCAGUCAAUUUAAAUAAAUUAGGCCCUAAUCUAUGGAUUUCACAUGACUGGGUACAGCCGUGGGUUGGCCUGGAAGGGCAUAGGCCCACCCAUUGGGGAGCCAGGCUAAGCCAAUAAGAAUACGUUUUUCCCCAUAACAGGCUUUAUUACAGACAGAAAUGCUCCUCAGUACCCCCUCCUCAGACCAUUCCACAAGUGAAGAAGCCAGAUGUGGAGGUCCUGGGCUGGCGUGGUUACACGUGGUCUGCGGUUUUUAGUCCGGUUGGACGUACUUCCCAAUUCUCUAAAACAAGGUUGGAUGCGGCUUAUGGUAGAGAUAUGCACAUUCAAUUAUCUGGCAACAGCUCUGGUGGACAUUCCUGCAGUCAGAAUGCCAAUUGCACACUCCCUCAAAACUUGAGACAUCUGUGGCAUUGUGUUUUGUGACAAAACUGCACUUUUAAAGUAGCAUUUCAUUGUCCCCAGCGUAAUGAUCAUGCUGUUGAUUCAGCUUCUUGAUAUGCCACACCUGUCAGGUGGAUGGAUUAUCUUGGCAAAGGAGAAAUGCUCACUAACAGAGAUAUAAACAAAUUUGUGCACAAAAUCUUAAUGAAAUAAGCUUUUUUUUUUGCAUAUGAAUUAGAAUUUUGGGGAUUUUUAAUUUCAGCUCAUGAGACAUGGUACCAAAAAUGUACAUGUUGCAUUUAUAUUCUUGUUCAGUGUAGUUAGCAUAAUAUGUUAAACACCUGUACAGGAGUUGUGAGAUCUGGCAGUCAUCUGCAAUGUCGUCAGCCUGGAACACGACCAGUGUGUGUGUGAUGAGAGAACUCCAUGAGACUUCUGGUUCGAAUACCAAUUCAGACAAAGUGAAAAACCUGCCUGUGUGCCCUUGAGCAAGGCACUUAACCCUAAUUUGCUCAGGCACAGUACUUCUAUAGCUGACCCUGUAAAACAUUUCACUGCACCUAUCUGAUAUAUGUAACAAUAAAACAGUUUUUUUGCUGA